AUGAAUUUGAAGGAGACUGACAAGAUCUCCAAAGUACAUGACAGAGAACGAGGCAACCAUACAGACUCAUUCCCUGCACAUUAUCCACAUCCCAAUGCUAAGUCUGCUGCCACUAAGGCUUUGGCAAGAGAGAUGAUAGAUCAUGAUUCCGCUCGGUAUAAAGCCGAUGGGGAAUCUGUGCAAGGCGAAAAAAGUAUAGAUCAUGUUCGACCCAAUCUACCGGAAUGUCAUGGGAGGUAUUCUGAGGAUCUCCUGAACUCGAGAAGACAAAUAGCCGACAAUAGACAUGUGGCAAAGCACCAGGCGUUGAUGUAA